GGCGGCGGCGGCGGCAGGGCGAGCCGGGAGGCUCAGCCAUAUUUGAUGGUUUUGUUGCUUCGCCCGGGAGUUGUCGGCGUAACUGGAUGCCGAAGGUCGCUGGCUGGUGGAAAUAGCAGAGUACGUCAUUAACAUGGCGCCAAAAGCCUGGGCUCGCGCCGUGUAGCCGGGCGGCGGCGGGCGCCCCUAUCCCACCAGGAACUUGGGCUCCGCCGGCGGCCGGAGGACGGCGACGGCAUGAUUGCUGGGUCCUGAGGACCGGUCUCUGCUGGCUCCGAUCUCUAUAUUUAGCUGAGGGACUCAAGACCCUCGGGCCUCAGCCUCCUGGGUGUUGGGGUCACAAGUGUGUACCACUUGACUUGACUGGGUCCACAGUUGCAAGAGCGUGGAAAAGUUUAAUAGACUGUCUUAUGGCCUGAGUAGUGGUUGGCAGGCUCCAGUGACGUCUGCAGGAACAGACACUACAGUCUUGGCUCCUUGGGCAGUGGUGAUCAUUUCUUUGGGAGGUGCUUAUUGCUAACGGGACUAUUCAGCUGAGUAUUUUCAGCUUGGACUCUUUUUUCACAGAUCCCUUAGCUUGAUUUUGUAACAUUUGGUACAUGACGUCAUGAAGAACACAUUUUAAAAGCUCCUUUUAUUUUGGUCAGAAUACUUAGAUAAGGUUAGAAGUGUGACAUUUGCAGUUUAAACUAUUUGUCAGACAAAGUAAGAUACGCUUUUUUGGGGGUAUUCUAUGAUCAGUAAUUUAUGAAUCGAUUGGUCAGUGUUUAAGAAAGUAAUAUUCAAGCCGUGUGAACUUGUAAACAACAGAAAGGAGCAGCUAAAAUAAAGCAUUAGCUAAGACCCUUGGUCAGAUCACUCUCUUUCUGAAAAUGCAAAUGUUCAUGCAAAAAAAAAAAAAUGUUAUGUAGCUCAGGCUGGCCUUAUCAGGAUCCUCCUGCCUCAGCUCCUGAGUACUGGGAUUGCAGGUGUGUGUCCCCACCCUCUUCUAAAAACAGAGUAUGUUUAGGUGUGAGGUUUUAACUUUGACACAGUGGAAGGACAGCAGUAAGUAAUGCUAAUGUGGCAGUGACAGGUGCAGCACAGGUCAGGGACAGGGUGAAGUGUGGGUAUUUCAGUCAGUGGACACGAGCGUGGGCAGCAGUUUAGGCUUUUCCACAGAGCUGCUUUCUCACAUGGCCUUGCCUUGCACACGGCCUGGCCUCAGGUGACAGGAGUCACCUGACAGGACCUGUGAGGGUUUUUUUUUGUGGAGUGAGUGCCUGCUGCAUCUUCUUGCCAUCAGUAUUACAGUGGAGACAUUGUGCACAGAAUUAGACUGAGUCAAAAUUACUAGUGUGUAAUCCUUUUCAUAGCUGUAGAGUUCAUGGCCUGACACUUGGUCCCUGUUCCACCACAGGAAGUGUCGUACAGUGUGUUUUCUUCACAUCCGUCCCCUUUCUAGAAACAGUGCCUCCAGUUCCUGGUCAUGUGACUCUAAUGAAGUUCCUUCUUACCUGUGGCCUCUCUCAGUCUCUGAAAUUCACCUGCCAGCCGGGCCUCCAUGACCACAUCCAGUGCUGGGAUUGUAGAUGUGCCCCACCGUGCCCUGCGCCAUCAGCUACUGAGGUAAAUAAUGUGCUGAAAGCAAGGCCAAAAAGUUCUACAGGAGGAAAAUCGUUGAAUGAAGUGCUAUAGGCUAUGCUUGGCUUGGCCUAGUGGGUGAGAUUGGCCAUGAGCUGAGUCCCAGGUGGAAGUCUGAAAGGGAAGAGGCCUGGCCUUGCCCUGCCAAGGUGAGUGAGUCUUGGGCUUUCUUAGGAGAGAUGCUUGGGUGGAGCUGGGGAGGGGUCAGGAGCGUGUGAGUUUCUUUCCCUGGACAUUUUGUACCUAGACCUGUUUGUAGUGUGGCCUGGAGGGAGAAAUUUGUGGAGGGAAUGGCUUGGUAAGGUUCACCUUGCAGAUGAUGAGUGUGUUGUAAUUGAUAGUGGGAAGAAGAUUGUGGGCUUGGAGCAGGAAGGGUGUGGGAAGAAAUCUAGGGAUGUGUGGAUAUUUUAGUCUGUCUUCUGCUGCUACACAGAGUGCCUCACACUGGGCGGCUCACAAACAGUGGAAGCUCAUUUGGCUCACGGUUCUAGAGCCUGGGAAGUCCAAGAUUGAGGGGCCACAUAGACCGCAUGGUGAGAGGCACGCCAUGGUGAUUGUGUAAGAGGGAACUGAGUUGGUUGAACCCACUCUGGAUAAUGCAGCACUAACUCCUGCAAGGGAUUAGUCUUUCCAACUCAAAUGCCUCAAAUUAGGCCCCCCCCCCCUGUUGCACUGGGGACUAAAUUCGGAGGACUAAUUCGGUUGAAGAACAGCCCGUGCAGGGGAUUGACAGGCUCUUAUUCUUCAGUUGAUAGACUUGGCAAUUGGAUGCAGAUAAAGAAAUGGGGAAGUGCUGGGAAUCUGAGCAUGAGGACGCUGCACAGGACUGUGCCAGGCUGCCUGCUGUUUCCCCGGGAGAUCAUGAAACGAGGUCGCCUUCCCAGCAGCAGUGAGGAUUCUGACGACAAUGGCAGCCUGUCAACUACAUGGUCCCAGAAUUCUCGAUCCCAACAUAGGAGAAGCUCCUGCUCCAGACAUGAAGAUCGCAAGCCUUCAGAGGUGUUUAGGACAGACCUGAUCACCGCCAUGAAGUUGCAUGACUCCUACCAGCUCAGCCCGGAUGAGUACUGCGUGUUGGCAGACCCCUGGAGACAGGAGUGGGAGAAAGGGGUCCAGGUGCCUGUGAGCCCCGGGACCAUCCCGCAGCCGGUGGCCAGGGUCGUGUCCGAGGAAAAGUCCCUCAUGUUCAUCAGGCCCAGGAAGUACAUCGUGUCCUCAGGCUCUGAGCCUCCAGAACUGGGUUACGUGGACAUCCGCACGCUGGCCGACAGUGUGUGUCGGUAUGACCUCAGUGACAUGGAUGCCGCGUGGCUGGAGCUGACCAAUGAGGAGUUCAAGGAGAUGGGAAUGCCAGAGCUGGACGAGUACACCAUGGAGAGGGUGCUGGAGGAGUUUGAACAGCGCUGCUAUGACAACAUGAACCACGCCAUUGAGACUGAGGAAGGACUGGGGAUCGAGUAUGACGAAGAUGUUGUCUGUGAUGUCUGCCAGUCACCCGAUGGCGAGGAUGGCAAUGAGAUGGUGUUCUGUGACAAAUGCAACAUCUGUGUGCACCAGGCCUGCUAUGGGAUCCUCAAGGUGCCAGAGGGCAGCUGGCUGUGCCGGACGUGUGCUCUGGGGGUGCAGCCAAAGUGUUUGCUGUGUCCCAAGAAGGGCGGAGCCAUGAAACCCACCCGCAGUGGAACCAAGUGGGUCCAUGUCAGCUGUGCCCUGUGGAUUCCUGAGGUGAGCAUCGGCAGUCCCGAGAAGAUGGAGCCCAUCACCAAGGUGUCGCACAUCCCCAGCAGUCGGUGGGCGCUGGUGUGCAGCCUCUGCAACGAGAAGUUUGGGGCCUCCAUCCAGUGCUCUGUGAAGAACUGUCGCACAGCCUUCCAUGUGACCUGUGCUUUUGACCGGGGCCUGGAGAUGAAGACCAUCUUGGCAGAGAAUGAUGAAGUUAAGUUCAAGUCCUACUGCCCGAAGCACAGCUCGCAUAGGAAGCCCGAGGAGAGCCUGGGAGAGGGGGCAGUGCAGGAGAAUGGGGCUCCUGAGUGCUCCCCGCAGAGCCCCCUGGAGCCCUUUGCCAGGCCUGAGCAGCAGCGGGAGGAGGCCCACCGGGUGAGUGUCCGCAAGCAGAAGCUGCAGCAGCUGGAGGACGAAUUCUACACUUUUGUCAACCUGCUGGACGUGGCCAGGGCUCUGCGGCUGCCGGAGGAAGUGGUGGAUUUCCUGUACCAGUACUGGAAGUUGAAGAGGAAGGUCAACUUCAACAAGCCCUUGAUCACCCCAAAGAGAGACGAAGAGGACAAUCUAGCCAAGCGGGAGCAGGAUGUCUUGUUUAGGAGGCUGCAGCUGUUCACACACCUGCGGCAGGACCUGGAGAGGGUUCGGAACCUCACUUACAUGGUGACCCGCAGGGAAAAGAUUAAGCGGACUGUGUGCAAAGUCCAGGAGCAGAUAUUCAAUCUUUACACUAAGCUCUUGGAGCAAGAAAGAGUUUCAGGUGUGCCUUCUUCCUGCUCCUCCUCCUCUCUGGACAGCAUGCUUAUGUUCAACAGUCUGUCCGUGGGCCCCGGCGCUCCCCAGAUCGAGGACCUGAAGUGGCACUCUGCGUUCUUCAGGAAGCGGAUGGGGGCUUCCCUAGUUCACUCGCUCAAGAAGCCCCCUAAGCGGGUCCCAGGGCAGAGCAGCGCUGGCCGUGAGGGCAAGGCCCUGCCGAAGCAGCCAGACCUGUGUGGAGGGAGGGAGGGGCUGGCUGUCCAAGAGAGCUUUCUGAGUUUCGAGAAGACCUUUGCGGAAGCCCGCCUCCUGUCAUCAGCACAACAGAAAAAUGGGGUGGUGACACCAGACCAUGGGAAAAGAAGAGACGGUCGUUUUCAUUGUGAUCUCAUUAAAGGAGACUUGAAGGACAAGCCUUUUAAACAGAGUCACAAGCCUCUCAGGUCCACAGAUGUGUCCCAGAGGCACCCAGACACAAGAGCUGCCACCUCCCCUGGACUGGGGCAGUCAGCACCUGGUACCAGGAGGGAGACCGUGCCCAAGUGCAAUGGCUGCCUAAUCAAAGUGAGCGGUCACCAGCCUGCAGCCAAAGUGCCUACCACACCUGCCAGCCCGGCAAAGAACUGGGGCGGAUUCCGGAUUCCAAAGAAGGGGGAGCGGCCGCCACAGGGAGAGGCCCGGCAGGGACCCUGCCACCAGCACGCAGACUACCCAUACCUAGGUUUGGGCCGAGUGCCAGCCAAGGAAAGGGCCAAAAGCAAAUUACAAACCGACAAUGAGAAUGACGGGUAUGUCCCCGAUGCAGAAAUGAGUGACUCGGAGAGCGAGGCGUCAGAAAAGAAAUGCAUGCACUCCAGCAGCAGCCUGGGCGGGAGGACCGAGAUCAUCAGGAGAGGAACGAGGUCGAAGCCGCUCCCUCGCAGAGGAUUUCUGGAGGCAGGGUUGAGAACUCUGUUUCGUCACUUGGACUUUCUAAUCGCAAAUGGCAAUAACGAGUAAGUUAUCAGCAAUAAUAAAUUUAGCAUUAAAUUUGAGUACAAUGUUCUGUUUUGCACUCGCUGCAGUGCACAUGGAUUCAGACAGUGCUGGUGUUCAGGUCCUGUUAAUUUUCUUUGGAAUUCAUUGUAGUUGUGAAUCAAACUUAAGAGCAGGAGAGUGCAAAUAGCGAGAUUUGGAAUGAUGGGCGCUUGACAGAAGCCCAGCUUCCCCUAAAUCACCCUUAGUUCACUGUCAACUCAGAUUCCCGAUUCAUUCCACGUUUCCACGUGGCAGGGACGUCCUGAUGCGAGUGAGUGCUGAGUUCUGUGUUCACGUCAAGUCUUCCGGACGACUGUCCACAACAGAAAAGGACCAUCUCGCUAUGCAAGUGUUCUCAGAUGACCCACUAGUUGACCUGAUGACGCAUCCCCGCUGUCGGUGUGACACUUCCAGACCAAGUCUGAACUUUUCCAAGUACAUUGAUGUAGCCAAUUCAGGGGAGGGAAAGAAUGACCAGGUUAUUUUUGAGCUGUGGGGCUCAUUUUGAAAGACUGCUAUCCAGAUAGCUUGUUGCUACAGAUACUAGAAGGUUCUUAGGAAUCCAAGUUGUACAUUUGCUCAUAACUUAAAAAGUAGAUUAUUUGCAUUUGAGCAAAAACCUUUUGCUGGGUACAGGAGAAGGUUAAACUCUAGGUACAGUUAGCUUUUUAUUACAGCAACAGCACUGGGUGAGAGUAGAAUUUAGAGGGAUAAUCUGUGAAGCCAUAGAAAGAAAAUCUAAAGUAAUGAGUCCAUGGCCUCUCACCGUUUUUAAGAGGUACCAGAUUCAUUUGCACUAUUAGGAAUGCUAGUUUUGUGCAAAAAACAAUGCCUUACCUAUUUUUCCCCCACAUUUAGGUUGAAAAGCUUUCAGAUGUUCCAAGUUAUGCUGAACCAAAAACCAAACCAAAACAAAACAAAACAAAAAAAUAAAAACCCAUACAAAAGAAAACACACGAAAAUACAAUGCCCACUUUUCAGUCCUGCUUCAGAGUGCAAACGGUACAGAGAGGCUUCUCUGGGUGUGACGAGAGCUUUGCAAGUCAGCACCUGUCACGCUGGGGACUCUGGGAGGUGGCCUGGCUGCCCCUGCAUUCUUUUAACUAGGGAACCAUUUGCUUUUCUGUUUUGUUUUUAAAUCUUUCCUUGUGCAUCCUGACCAAGAAAUAUGUCAAAACGUAGGCUAGUUAAACUUUUUGUAAAGUUGCCUGGAAUGUCAUUUGUUAGGUUAUAACACAAGAGCUAAAUGAAGGUUUUAUGUGUUGUGUGCAAAUCCUGAUUAUUUCAAAAUGGACAGACUUGUCAUUACAUUUGUAACCUUGUACAGAGGAUUUUUCACUAUGUGCCUAGCUUGGUGUCCAUUCAGCGAAAAUUGAGGAAAAAAAAAGGUGCAUGAAGAGUUACAAAUCAGAAGUUAAACAAAGAAUAUGUAGAGAUGACUAUUUUAUAUUACAUGGCCCAAUCCUGUAUUUAUUUCUACCCCGUUUUGAAAGUAUUUAUAAACUAGUUGAGGACAGCUGUAUUUUUUUUUGUUGAACUAUUUAGUAGAAUUUGUGCCUUUUUGUCUGUAUGUGAAUAAAUGCUGUACAUUUUGCAGUACAUCUGGAAGUCUCCUGCCUUUCUGAAUAUGUGAGGCCUGUGCACCUCCAUCCUGCAUCUUCCCAUCCCAGCAGGAGUGGAUUGGGGGGUGAGUGGCUGGUGAGGUGUGGGUGCAUCAUGUCCGGUGCUAACGGCGCCUGCAAGAUGCUGGACCUUCGUCUGCACUAGCGAUGCUUUCCAGGACGUUCCACUGCUGAAGCACCAGCGGCUUGGGGAUCAGAGAGGCCUGAGGCUGAAUAUAGUUUACCAGUCACGUGACCUUGGCUAGGUCACUUUAACCUUACGAGCCUGUUUGCCAUCUGUUGGUCUUACUGGUGACAUUUAAACAAAGGCUCUCAUAGCACAGGUAGUGGACGAGGUGUGGCUGAAGUGGUAGAACGUCUGCUUUGCAAGUGUGAAGCUAAG